AUCAUCAUGUCAUGUGGCUGUUAAAAGCUGCACUUCCAGCCUCUCACCCUCUGGAGGCAGUAGUGAGCACUAACAUCUCUGCGCAUGCGCAGUAACACUCUCACACAACCGCAAUAAGCAAACAUGGCGGCGGCCGUCGACAGUGUUGUGAAAGUGCUGGGAGAGCAGUAUUACAGAGAUGCCAUGGAGCAGUGUCAUAGUUACAACGCUCGUUUGUGCGCUGAGCGCAGCAUCCUUAUGCCAUUCCUGGACUCUCAGACGGGUGUAGCCCAGUCCAACUGUUACAUCUGGAUGGAGAAGAGGCACCGGAGUGCAGGUGUAGCUCCAGGGCAGCUGUACACCUACCCAGCCCGUCGCUGGAGGAAGAAACGCCGUUCUCAUCCCCCUGAGGACCCCCGCUUGGCUUUCCCUCCUAUCAAAACAGCAGAUGUGGAGGUGGGUGUGAAGCGUGAAGCGUUGGGGGCGGUGGAUGGCAGCAGUCUGGAGGCCCUACUGAAGGGGGAACCCCUCGACAGGAGGAGCGGCGUGUCGGAGCUGCGCGCCCCAGAGGAUGACUCAGCAACCGUGGAGCCUCCUGCCACCUCAGCGACCACUCACACGUCCUCUGGGCGUGUCCGCAAGAGAGUCUUGGACCACGACGACUACUUGGACGACCUGGAUGAUGAUGACUUUGAGGACGAGACCCCUAAGAGACGAGGCAAGAGCAAGUCCAAGGGUCGCAGUGAUAAGAAUGGCAAGAAAAAACAGGAGGCUGCAGCUGCGGCGCUGGAGGAGAGGGACAAACCUUACGCUUGCGACAUCUGUGGGAAGCGCUACAAGAACCGUCCUGGACUGAGCUACCACUAUACACACUCUCACCUGGCCGAGGAGGAGGGCGAGGACCGCGAGGAGAUCGAGGCACCACCCACUCCUCGCCAGCCUGAGGAGCAGAAGACAACUAAGAAGGGUCCCAAUGGGCUGGCACUGCCCAACGAUUACUGUGACUUCUGUCUGGGAGACUCCACUUUAAACCAGAAGACUGGCCAAUCAGAAGAGCUGGUUUCCUGCUCAGACUGUGGACGCUCAGGCCACCCAACAUGCUUGCAGUUCACACCAGUGAUGAUGGCUGCAGUGAAGACAUACCGCUGGCAGUGCAUCGAGUGCAAGUGCUGCAACGUUUGCGGCACCUCGGAAAAUGAUGACCAGCUGCUGUUCUGUGAUGACUGUGACCGAGGCUACCACAUGUACUGUCUAAGCCCCCCCAUGACUGAACCACCAGAGGGGAGCUGGAGCUGCCACCUGUGCCUGGUUCUGUUGAAGGACAAAGCCUCCAUAUACCAGCAGAACCAGAGCUCCACCCCUGAGUGACAUCAUAUCAAGUCCCGCCCCUGAUGGAAACGUCGGACCUCCUCUCAGUCCGGAGCUCCAGGCUCUGUCCAGAUGUAGCUGAGCCAGAUCGCAGGUCAGCUUUAGAAGUCUUAAUAUCUACAGUGUCAGUGGGGGGAAUCAGUCAACAUGGGGAUCAAACUAUCACUACCAACCUGCCUGCAAAGCCCCCAAGGCUUGCCGUCAAACACAUACAUAUUGUGCGUAUAUACAGUAUAGACACACACUCUCUCCUGGACUGUUACACACACGCUAGAUACAGAGACAGAGAGCAUGCAGUAACCAUAGUAACUGCUGUCUCCAUGGGAGCUCCCAGGAGCAAACGGAUUAGCAGCACAGCUAAUUAUCUGCACCCUUUCACACUCAAAGACACAGCGUGGACUGUCGAGACAACAGUUUUUUUUUUCUGCCAAAUUAUCUAUUUUUACUCCCUGAAUGUGGGAGAAAGAAAAAAUCACCACGUAUACGGUCGAGGAAUAUUAUUAUUAUUACUAUUGUUAUUGUUCUGGUUACUAGUGGACUUUUGUAGUGGCAUUUGUCUGUGUACUUUUGUCUGAUCAAUCGGAGCAUUAAUCUUUUAAAGAGGUUUCCCUGAGGGGAGCUGGUCAGUGCCAAGGUUCACCAUCACGACAUACACACAACAAUGACCCAUGGAGCUUAUCAUUAAUCGUGUCAACCAUCUUUGUUUCAUUUUAUAUCAGUGGGACAAAGAUGGUAAAAAAAAAAAAAAGUCUUAAUUUGCCAACGAAAAACUUUGGCGUUGACUUGUUAAGCUGUUAGCACAAAAAUAUUUGGCCUUGCUACUUUAAUUUGCACCUAAACCAACUUUUCAUCUCUGAUUCUGUUACUGGAUUGAUCAGUUUUAACCAAACGCUAUACAACAGAGCAUAAUACUGUAAGUUGGACUCCUGAUGAGACAAAAACAUUUAGUAUCAAUAUUGUUUUUCCAGCAGACAGAGAUGCCAUUCUCUUAUUUUGAAAAUCCUGACUUUUGAUAAGUCAGAUAAUGCUGUUAUUGGGGGAAACUGACCAAUACAUGAAACUAGUAAUCAUAAAAGGUGCAUCCUUUUCCUCAAAGAUGUUUUGUGCUAGCUCGUUAGAAAACAGUUUGGCAGUGACAUCACAAGUCAUUUUUAAAUCGCUACUGUCAAAACCGAUGACACAGAAUCAUUUACAAACUGUAGCUGCUUUUAUCAUUUGUCACACGGAGGCAAAUUUGCAUGCAGAUUGCACCUGUAUGAAUGCACACACACUCACACCACAAGUGUUUUUGUUUUUUGUUGUAUUUUCUUUUUUUUUUACAUUUUCUAUUACCUGAUAUUCCAUUGGUACUGGGAGUUUUUUCUAGUAGAAUUUUGUAAAGUCUAUGGUAUAGCAAACACUUAAAUAUAGCUCCUAAUGCAUUCUAUGUACUGUAUUGACUUUUUCUAUUUUUGUUAUGACUGUGACAUGUUUGAAUUUAUUUGAUUAUUCUAAUAUGUCAGACCUCCAUUAUGAGUAUUUGUAAAAUUAUGUACUUUGUUGUACUAUUUUUAUUUUUACAUUUCUUUGGUAUCGAAACCGAUUUAGCCUGACUGAAAUAAAAAUCACUUUGAAUUACA